GCCUCAAAACUGAGCCUCGAUUAUCUAACAUAAAGCGCUGAAUCAGCGUAAGAUCCGGAGAUCGGGCGGAUCCUAGCUCAAAUUCACGUCAUUGGCAGUAGCACCUGUCUGUGGUACCACCACCAACCUAAGAAGCCACCACCGAGGGGUAUCGUGACAAACGUGGGGCACGAAGCUUUAACUCAACCCAUUUUCCGAAAAUAUUCAUAAAGGAAUCACGAAUUCCGAAUUGACCAGAAUCAUAGUAUCAGCGCUCACAAUUGAUGAACAGGAGCGAAUCCGACUAAUCCAUAAGCCUCAUCGGCCCCUCAUCUCAGCCCGCGUUUCAUGAAUCCGUCGCUGUCGCGGGCCGUCGCAAGCGCACCUACCCGACUUCUUUUCGCCAAUCCACGUGCGGUAUUUAGAGGCUAUCCCGUAUCCGGGAUCUCGGUCACUUACAUCCACACUCACACUCGCCUUCAUAGUCGUAGUCAUAUCCAAACUCAGUUUUGCCAAAGGAACCCCCGUAUAUCGCUCACCUCUUUCUCAACCUCCAGCACAAAGAAAUCUUCAAUGGCAUCCACAACCGACCUCAUCGAGUCCGCCAAGCGCGCCGCCUGCCGGCAAGCCGUAGCGGACCACUUCAGUCCAACAUUCACAUACGUCGGGAUCGGGAGCGGCAGUACCGUAGCCUACGUAGUAGAAGCUAUCGCCGAGCUCGGCGCUAGCGUGACUUCCAAAAUGAAGUUCGUUCCAACGGGCUCCGGCUCCACGGCACUGAUCAAAAACGCCGGGAUGGCCGUCUUGCAGGUCCCGGACCUGCUCACCGAAGUCGGGUACGACCCGGAAACGACGGAACACCAGCCCAUCGACAUCUACUUCGACGGGGCCGACGAAGUCGACGCCGAGCUGAACUGCAUCAAAGGCGGUGGAGCCUGCCACUUCCAAGAGAAGCUCGUCUCGCGGCUAUCCAAGCGAUUCAUCUGCGUAGCUGACAGCCGCAAGAAAGUCGACAGACUUCUCACAUCCUGGGCAUACGUCCCCGUCGAAGUGACCCCCGUAGGCGCGGAGUUCGUGAGGCGCGAGCUGUUGCGUAUAGGGAGCAAGGACCCCAAGAUCCGGACGUCGGGGCCGACCUUCAUCCGGACAAUCACGGACAACCACAACCACAUCAUCGACGCGCCGUUCCCGAAGCUGUUGCUGAACAGCGAGAAGGAUAAGCUGGAUCCCGCGAACGGCCUGUGGACGCCCGACGCGCUGCUGGCAAAGAUCAAGAGCAUUUUCGGUGUCUUGGAGGUGGGUAUUUUCACCGGGUUCAACGGUCCGGAUGUGGCGAAGCUGGGCACGGAAAUAGAGGGUGUUAAACCGGUGAAGGCGUACUUUGGAAGAUCGGAUGGGCAGGUAGAGACGUUGGGUUAGAUGUCAUUUUUAUAUCUGGAAACCGGAUGUUCCAGUACCACAGCAAAAGUUUAUCAUUUGGUCUAUCUUCAUCAUCUUAUCGAGAUGCAUUGUAGACUCCAGGUAUCUAGUUGUUAGAGCUUAAGUGUAGGCACAUAAGAAUAUAAGACAUAAAACUUGUACGGACG